GGAAGUUUCCAUCGUUUGCUUUCCUCAGCACUUUCCUAGCAAGUUUAGGUGAGACCAUGCGAACGAAUAACCUUCCUUAAUUACCCUUUUUAAGUGGAGAAACCCUGACUUGUUCUCAAGAAAUCUGCUUUGGACGAAGUUCUUUAGUUGGUUUAGCGAGAAGAUGGCAUCGAGACUCUCAAACAGCGCCAGAAAUUACAGGGAAAUGGAAGACAGUAGAGAUGUUAUCAUAGAAAUACAAGAAGAAUGUUCCCCAACGGAUCAGAUCGACACCACUCAAGUCAUGAACUCAAGCAGCCGAGAAUACUGGCGUUCGACUGUGGAGAUACCAAAUUUUUGCACCCAACUAAGCACACCGAUUCAGAGUGACCAAAGACAGGAAUUUUUGGCUCAAGAUGUAUUUCUGAGUCACAGUGGUAAGCAGAAAAAUUUUGUCAGGCAGCUAUACAGAGACCUCAGAAACCAGGGCGUGUCCUGCUUCUUUGAUCAAGAUCGGGAAAGUUUGCCAGUGGGGGAAGAUUUCCCCCAUCGUAUAUUUGAAGCCGCUAAGACAUGCCAAGUAGCAGUAUUGCUUCUCUCUAUGGAAUUCCUCCAAUCAAAGUGGCCCAUGCUUGAACUCUCUGCUUUUGUGGAAGCGAGAGACAGAACCCGUACAAAUCCCAAUCUCAAAAUUUUACCCUUGUUCUUCCAGAUUUCACCGGAUACUCUUAAAAACAUUUCGGCAGACGACGAAAAGUGGAAACAGUUGGAGAAAUCCGAGGAAAAGCGAGCCGAAUGGCACCAAUCUUUGAAUGCAGUACGGCGAAUUAACGGGUUGAAGUUCAUUGAAGGUGAUGAUGAAGUGAUGUUCAGAGAUGAAAUUGUGAAUCAAAUCUGGCAUAUGAUAACACCCUCACCAAGGUACAAUGUGCCAGGGCAAGCACGAAUGUGCCAGGAGGUUGAGGAUUUCUUCAACACUGUUCAUUCCGACAAAAGGGGAAUCCGUAGUGCAGGAUUGUAUGGAAUACCGGGGCAGGGGAAAACUACACUUGGCAAGGCUUUUUGUAACUUCAAAUUGGGGGAUUUUAAGGGCAAAGUAUGCCAUCUGGAAUUUUCUAGAGGCGAUUCAUUUGAGAGAAUUAAAGUUGCCCUGCAAUAUCUCACUUGCUAUCCUAAGUCGUAUCUCCAAGAACUGAUAGACCAAGAUCAGGCACAAGUUGAGUUAUAUAGAAGAGCGAAGGGAAAAAGGGUAUUGUUGGUUCUGGACAAUAUCUCAGAAGAAAGCAUAGACGAAGUGACCUAUUAUCUUAAGGCAGAGCUGGGAGAAGACAGCUGCAUCCUUUUGAGCGGUCGGAGUGUAGAUGUUCUCAAAAAGUAUUUCAAGAUAGAUAAGCAGUCAUGCAUGCGCGUACCAGCGCUUGAAGAGGAGGAAGCCAUAGGUAUCUUGUUGGAAAGGACAUGUGUAGAAAUAUCAAUGUUGGGGGCGGAGGACAAAGCUUUUGCUGUCAAGUGUGCAAAAAGAUGCUCGUUCAAAGAGAUCGGCCCGAGAGAUGGAAGAUUCCAUCCGCUCGCAUUAAAAGCUUUUGGCGGCCACCUCUUCAGUAAAUAUGGUCCGCAUUUGUCAAAGUGGGUUGCUGAGAUAGAAGGCUGGGUGGACCGACGCGGCUAUGGUUUGGAUGAUUUGUUGGAUUUGCUAGGGAAAGCUUUUGACAACAUGCGUCCUGAAUAUCGCACCAUUUUCAUGCUUCUCACCCUUUAUAUGCCGCCUAAUAUGUCUCUUCACAAAGUCACUGUGUGGCUGGCAAUGAUUCUCAACAAAGAGAUCUGGUUUAUUGAGAAAGCAGUUGAGGACCUAUGUAAGAAGGCUUUUAUUGAAGAAUCUGGACUUGAAAUUCGCAUACACGACCUAUAUGUUGAGUUCGCACAAAGCAAAGCAAAUGAAAUGAGGAGAUGGCUGUGGUGGAAAGGUGACCCACGUAGUAUACGUGGGUUAAUAUCAGAAGAAAAUGCAGGGUUUGAAUUGGCUAGGUUGGAGCAGUGCAUGCAUCAAAGACUGUCCCAGAUCGCCCCACACGACCUUCAAAAUCUGUUGGUGCUUCAGCUUGUAGGUGUGCAGAAUAUGAGCAAACUUGCUUUGGGUGGGAUGGGCCGUCUCAGAAGUAUUACACUCCACAAUUGCAAAGAUCUGAAAGCGCUUGAAGGUCUUCAAAAAUUGCAACAGCUCGCGUGGCUUCAGAUAAGCGAAGUAAAUACAAUGUUUGAACUUCCCGAGCUAAGCAGCCUCAAAAGAUUACAACAUCUACAGAUCAAUUUUGCAGGCAGCUGGGUGCUCAAUCAGCUGGGAGAUCUUACCGGUUGUGGUUUUCUGAGAGAGAUUAAUGUUUGUUGUCGAUCCCUCUGUGAAUUUCCGUGGUUGAAUGGUUUGCGGUAUUUGGAGAAAGUGGAAUUUAGUGUGUGUGAUAAAGUGAAGGGGUCCCUCGACUGUACAGAAUGCGUGGAGCUUCAAAGUAAUGUCAUCCGCAGUCGCUUUCGGUGGGAAUUGUCAGGGCCCGUCAUGGGAUGUAAGAAAAUAUCCAAAACUGUAUUGUGGGAUCGUGAUGCGGUGAAGGCAUGUCCAGAUUUAGAUGCAGUGAAGGCAUGUCCAGAUAUAGAUGCCCAGAUAGAGUCGUUUGUUACAUCAAAUGAUGUUUCAGUGCUUAAAAGUUUAGAAUCUUGUGAGGGACUGAAAAAUCUUCAACUAUGGAAUUUGAUAAAUGUAGAGGAGCUUCCAUAUUUUAGACUUCUAUCAAAUUUAACUGUGCUCAAGCUUGGGAAGUGUGCUAUAAGAGAGCCCCCGGAUAUAACAUGUUGUCUCUUGUUGGAGGAUGUUUGGUUUUCCACACUAGAAAAUUUACAAAGCUUUCCCAACUUCUCACCACUGAGGAAAUUAAAGAAGUUAGGAUUAUAUAAUUGCUGGAGGGUUGAAGAUCCUCCUGAUGUUAGUGGCUGCUAUGAAUUACAGGUAUUCCAUCUGGUCUAUAACGACAGUUUGAAAGGACUUCCCAAUAUGGGAGACUCGCCACAAUUAGAGGAAAUCAAACUGAGUUGGUAUUCUGAGAGUGAGGCCAUUUGCCGCGCUGCUGAAGACGAUCUUCAACCUAACGUGGAUCUUGAAUCUCGUUUGGAGCACUUUGAAGACGAAACCUUCUCGAACUUAAGUGAUGUGAGCGCACCAGAAGCAUUGAAAGAGUGGGAGUGGUUGAAGGGCAAGGCCAUUAUGGGAAUAAGGUAUGUCCGUGGAGGGAAGAUAUAUUAUUGUAUAACGGCUCCGUACGAUUCUGACGAGAGAAGCCAGUUUGUGGGAAAGGUGAGGGUUUUUGAAACGUCAAUAGGCCUAUUUCAUGAAGGCUUCAUUCGUAAUCUUCGAUCUGUUAUUAGGUUUCUUUUUAUUUUGCAGCUUAUCACUAUUUUAUCAAAGUACUUGCGAUCGUAUUGAUUCCUGUUUGGGAGGCAACAACUGGUUUCAAUUUUACAAAUUAUAAUUAAUUUGUAUUUUGGAGUCCGCAGGUUGUAUAUAGACAGGUUCUUAGUAUUGUUUUAGUACUUGGUUUAUGUAUUCAACUUUGUUGUAUCCAUGGUUGUUAUC